CGAAUCGCGGACUGAAUACCCGUGUUCAGCAAGUUGUGGUAUGAAACCAGCCAAGCUUUCCCCACGAUGAGCAUCUAACCCGGAGGUCGAGCUUUUCCGCGGCUGGGAAAGUGGAGAGUUUGACGACGGUCCCUUCUCCGUUUCUCGCUUGGCGAGGAGAGCGGCGUUCAGAGACGCUCCCUUCGGCUUCCAGCCCGCCGCUCGACACGUGGGAAUGUUUAGCCGGCUAGUUCCGGGGCAAGCCAAGCACGUGGGAACGGGGCGUUUGCGCCUCCCUCGCUUCCUCUCAGGACUUAUGGCGUCGGCGCUGCCCCCCAAUUUCUCUUGGGUCGUCUCAGGCCUGUUGGCUGGGCUGGCCAUGCCCCGGCUGCCUGCUCAUUACAAGUACAUGCAUGACCACGGGAUCCGGCACCUGGUAUCGCUCACUGAGCGGAACCCGCCUUAUCACGACACCUGCCCAGGCAUCCAAGUGCACCGUCUACGCAUUGCCGACUUCUGCUCUCCCUCAGCCGAACAGAUCCAGCGGUUUCUGCAGAUUGUGGAAGACGCCAACGCCAAGGGGGAGGCUGUGGCUGUACACUGCUUGCUGGGCUUCGGAAGGACGGGAACCAUGUUGGCCUGUUACCUUGCAAAGACCCACAAAAUCAGUGGGGUGGACGCCAUCCAGAAAAUCCGCCAGCUGCGGCCGGGCUCCAUCGAGACGUAUGAUCAGGAGAAAGCAGUGGUUCAGUUUUAUCAGCGUAUAAAGUAGCCGCAGGAAAGGAUGAGACUGGCCUGCGAGAAAGAACGACAACAGUUGUGUCUCUUUCGGCUCCUUUCUGGGGAAAAAACAAGUUAUAACAAGUUCGCUUGAGAGAGUGGAUCUAGCAGGGAUCCGGUCUGACUGGAGUCACACAUACACACACAGACACAAAAUCACAAAGUCCCUUUAUCAUAUUAUGAUUAUUAUUAUUACCAUUAUUAUUACCAUUAUUACCAUUAUUAUUACCAUUAUUUUUGUUGUUUGUUGUUGUCAUU